UUUUCUUCCUCCAUUAAUGCCAAUGCACAGACAGAACUAGUAAUAGUAUUCAUUCAUAAUUUCUCUCACCAAAGACUAAAGCAAAAAAGGGACACAAUAUAAUAAAACAAAAAAAAAGCUACUCUACCUACACCUUGUUGCUUAUACAACUUGUGGCGCCAUUUGCAGAGGUUUUUGCUUCUCGUUCAAACCUCUCAGUCUCAGCAAGUGACAACCGUUUUUCUGCUAAACCUUGAAACAUCAAACACACUCACAUUCCACAGAACAACGCACCCUCUUUUUCUUUUUCCUUCAUUUUCUUUCUCUUUUCCGCUUCAAUGGAACCACUUAAGGAGGGUGUGUUUUCCGGUUCAACCGGGAACACAAACUCCGAUACACCGGUAACUACCCAGUUUCCACCCCAGGUGAUGAACUUGAACUUUGGAAACCUUGGAGGAGGACCGCAACCACCACCACUACCACCACAACCGCAACCACAGCCACCACGGGAACAACCACAAGCGCCACCAGGCACAGCUACAAUGUCACCGGCAACAACAGGAACAGGUGGUGCUUCGGGGCAAGGGAGUUUGGAGUUGUUUGGGAAGAAGAAGAGAGGGAGACCAAGAAAGUAUGACUCUGAAGGGAACCUCAGGGUGCCAAACCAACCACCACCGGGAUUCUCUCUAACUCCGGGUUCGGGUUCAGAGUUUUCAUCAAAACGGGGUCGUUGCAGUAGUGCAAAAUCACAUGCUUCUGGAAGCUGGAACCUUCUUUCUUCUUUGGGCUUGCUUGGAAGCACAACUGGUACUGAUUUUACACCUCAUGUUGUGACAGUUCAUGCUGGAGAGGACGUUGCUGGAAAGAUUUUCUCGAUUGCACAGAAGGGUCCUAUGGGAAUAUGCAUUCUUUCUGCAAAUGGAGCUAUAUCUAAAGCUACCUUGCGCCAACCUGGUUCUUCUGGUGGCCUAUUAACAUACGAGGGUCGAUUUGAGCUUUUAUCCUUGUCUGGAUCAUUCACAGUCCCGGAUAGUAGUGCUGCAAUUCCUUCUAGUGGAUUGAGUGUCUCACUGGCUGGCCCUGAUGGUCGCGUGAUAGGAGGGGGUGUUGCUGGUUUAUUGACAGCUGCUACCCCAAUCCAGAUUGUAGUGGGAAGCUUCAUGCCAAAUGGUCAAAAGCCCCAAAAAAGGAAAUAUACCCGUCAACCGGUAGCCUCUCAUGCUGCUUCAGGACCUAUGGCAACAGUAUCAGCUGCAGGACCUAUCUCACGAUCAAAUCCUGGUGGUGAAAAUCCUCUGGGAUCUUUAUCUCAGUUGCCAGACCAAGGUCAGAGAGAAUCAGUCAGCGCAUCGAACGAUAAACUGAAUUUAGAUGAUACGCUUAAUGGUGAUAAUUGGAAUGAUACUGAAGAUUUUUCGGAUCAUAGGCCGUCCCCAGACAUCAACAUAUCUUUGCCUGAUGAAUAGAAAGGUGAUCCAGAGGCUCACAUAACUGAAUGCUAACACCCAAAAACUUUGUCAUGACAACUAGGUUAUUUGACACGAUGUACAGUUGUCAGAAAUUAGAAAUGAUUAUUGAAGCCUCACUAUUUUUGAUCAUGAGUUUUUAUCACACACUCGGAAGUUGGCUAGUUUUUGUUCUUUUAAAUUGUCUUGUGGCUUGAGGAUUCGGUUGGAUAGGAUGAUGGUAGAGAUUUUAAGCUACGCUGAGGAGUUUGUUAUGGUUGGUUGGUUGUUGUUUUCCGAGAACUGGCAUUUUUCUCUUUAUGACCUCAUCCAGACUUCUCUUGCUUAGAAUUGUUACUUAUAGCA